AUGGGUAGAGCAACCGUCGUGAUAGUUGGCGCCUCUCACGCCGGACUUGGAGUUGCAAAUGGGCUUCUUAAAACCGACUCCGACAAGGUUAAGGUCAUCUUGAUCAACCCAUCGGAGAAGCACUACUUCAAUAUUGCCGCUCCAAGAAUUCUCGCAAAGCCUCAGUUCUUCCAGCCAGAUCAAUAUCUCCUCCCCAUCGAACAAUCAUUUACGCGCUACCCAGAAGGGUCGUUUCAAUUUGUUAAAGGAGAAGCAACUAGCAUCAAUGUCGCCUCAAAGUCAGUCAAGGUUUCAUCGCUACAAUCGGCCCUUGUCUACGACUAUCUUGUGAUUGCAUCCGGCAGCACGACAAGUUCCUCACUACAGGGGGAGCUGGCUCCUUUCAAGCCACUCGGCAAUCAAGAUAUCGAUGCAUCCAUUCGCUCAAUACAAAAGGUCAUCUCCGAUGCGAAAAGUGUCAUUGUCGGCGGAGCAGGCCCGAUCGGUGUCGAAUUUGCUGGCGAACUUGCAGAGGCUUUUGAAACCAAGCCGGGUGCUUCGGUCACCCUCAUUUCAGCGAGCAAACAUGUCUUGCCUAUGUUAAAGGAAAAGGGCAGAAUUAUGGCGGAGAAGGUCCUCACAGAAAAGAAAGUCAAGGUAAUCACCUCACGGAAGGUGGUGGAUGCUGUGCGCAAAGUUUCCGGAAACAAAGCUCAGUGGGUUGUCAACUUGGACAACGGCGAGCAGCUUGAAGCAGACGUAUAUAUAUCUACGACGGGAGCGAUACCAAAUAACCAGUUUGUCCCACCAGAAUUUCUCUCCGCCGAUGGCUGGAUUGCGGUGGACGACAAACUGCGCGUUGCGGGAGGGGAUGGUUCGAUCUAUGCACUCGGAGACAUUACAACCCAACCACUGCGCGUGGUAACAAAAGUUGCAGAGCAGGUCCCUGUGGUUGUGGCCAAUCUCAAGGCUGCAAUUAUUGGCAGGGGAAAGCAUUCUACCUACUCCUCUAAUGAGACUUUGAUGAUGAUUGUGCCGAUUGGAGAAAGUACGGGCACGGGUCAGAUUUUCGGAUGGAAGCCUUGGGGGUUCAUGGUUUCCAUGAUCAAGGGAAAGGAUUUCUUUGUUUCGAAAGCUCCUGGAAUGCUCGGUUUGAGCUGA